ACAUUUCCUCAUAGAUAUGAACAGUUACACAUGACCAGUUUCCUGUAUUACUCAGCUAUUGUGUAAUUGUAUCCAUUCAUAAUACAAUGAAUUUAUUCAUUAUUCAAUGAGUUUAAAUUAUGGUGUAAAACAAGAGACUAUUACAGGUGUAUUGUUUGUAAUCACCUGCUUAUCUCUGACCAGGUAAAUCGUGUAGGACACAACUGAUGUAUAUACUCAAUCUAAAGCAAAUACUUCAUGUUGUGAAAGAAUAGUCAUUAAUAGAGGAGAUUAAUAAAGAUAAAAAUGUAUAGUAUUACUGUAUGUACCUGUGAGAAAUUGUGAUGGAAGAAAAUAAGGACAUGAAGAGGUUAUUACACCUGGGAUUAUUAAAUCAGGAAGAACAUACUGGCCUGCAGGGUAGAAUCGAUGGAUUGACAUGAAAUAUUAAAAACAUUUAUUUGGUCUUUCUUAUCAAAAAAUUUGGUGAUAAACUUUGGAUGGUUAUCCAUUGAAGAAAUGGUGAGAAAGCGAUAUAUUUUACUCAGAGUGCUUCCACCUAUGAUUAUAUUUCUAAUAGGAAUGCUGUGUUUGAAGAAUUUAUAUUUUGGAUAUCAUAAAAGCUAUGAGGAUAAAUUGGAUUCAGAUUUUGUACCACAGAAACCACGAGUUGAAGCAUUCGAUUCAAAUGCAUAUGUGCAGAAUGAAAUGAUGGCUGAUGAAAAGGAAAAACUACAUGAAUUAAUGAAUUCUGGAAAACAUUUACAGAACCUUGAUAUGAUUAAAGAAUCAAACUGGCCGAAAACUACCAGUUCAACAAAUAAACAAUGUCCAAAUCAGAAAUGCAAUUUUCUAUUUAUUAAGACAAUGAAAUGUGCUACCGAAACUGUGGUGAGAAUACUCCGUAAAUACAGCUAUGAUAAUAAUCUCAAUAUAAUGCUCCCUCAAAAGAAACGACUAUAUCUUGCAUGGCCUUACUUAAUGGAUGAUUUGGAUUACCGCCUUUCUGAUCGACCAUUCAAUGGUUUAAUUGAUCAUGCAAUAUAUAACAAAACAAUAAUGAAUCGGUACUUCCCUCCUGAGACAACACAUUAUGUUUCUAUUAUACGUGAGCCACUGAAACAUUUUAAAUCAGCAUUUAGUUACUUUAAAAUACAGCAGAUAGCUGGAAUAUUUGCUAAACAUCCACUCACUGAAUACCUAGAAAAUAUCAAAUAUUACGACUCAAUUUAUAAAAGUCAUGAAGCAGCCCAUUAUUGUUAUUGUAUUCCUGAUGGAUUUUCUGUGACAAAAAACUUAAUUGCUCAUUGUUUAGGGAUGCCUUUAGGGUUCCCGUAUGGCAGACAAGACAUAACUAAUAAUUCACCGGCUGUGAGAGAAUAUGUCAGAAACUUAGACAGAGAAUUUUCUUUAGUUAUGAUUGUUGAAUAUUUUCAUGAAUCUUUAGUACUAUUUAAAAGACUGAUGAAAUGGCAAUUAAAAGACCUGAUAUACAAGUUUGUUAACCGAGGAACUUACUAUUUUUCAUUAAGCAAUCGUUAUAAAGAAAAACAUAAGAAAUGGGCAUCCAUAGAUUAUAUGAUAUAUGAGCACUUUAAUGAAACAUUAUGGAAAAAGAUUGCUGCAGAAGGUCCUGACUUCUAUGAUGAGGUGAAACAGUUUUCUCAUAUACAAAAUCAAGUCAAUCAUUACUGCUGGGGCUUAGAUAAACAUUUACACAAGAACUUAGAAAUCUCACAUUCACAAUUCAAUUCAGAUUUAAAAAUUUCUAGAAAAGAUUGUGAAUCAAUGAAUAUAUCAUGGUUAGAAAAGAUAAAGGAAAAAUUUGAUGGAGAUAAUAAACAUGUAGUUGAUCCCCGUCCAGAACUCAGGAGACCAACUUGCUAAGUUUAAAUAAAAUAUAUUUUCCAGUUUCUUGUUA